CCUUGCUAUUUGAACCGCGAACGUUGAUCGGGCCGAAGUCUUAUAAUCGGCAUAUACAGGACUCUGUAACUUUAAGCACCGUUUUUCUUUAAAAAAUUCUGAACAUCUCUCUCGGCCUCUCUCUCUCGCAUUCUCACUGUGUGUUUCAAUCACAACCUCACUCUGUCUCAGACUCUGUAAGCAACGUUAAGUUUCAAGGUAGGUUCUUGCUCUCUUUGGAUUUCUUUUCUUUGGUGUUCUUUUCUUUUACAUUCGUAUAUCACAGUAUGAGAAAUGUUCCCAAACCAAUUUGUUUCCAACCGACUUGAUAUAUAAUCAAUGGAUAGAUUGCAUGAAACCAGCACAUGCAGUUUCGAGUGGACUUUUUACACGGCAAAAGAAAAAAAAAAAAAAAAAAAAAACUAACACCCAUUGUUUGAAACACAAAGCACUGCAGACACCAAAUGCAAUUUUCUCUUUUUCCUGUUGGUUUGUUUUGGCUCAAUUGGUUGUUUGGCUCUGGUUUGAUAUGCGAACCGCAUAUUUGUUAAAAUGUCCGAACCAUUUCCCUUUCUCUUUUUAACUCUCUGUCUUUGAAUCUGGCGCAUAGUUAUGGUAGCUCAUAACACCCACUUUUGAAACACAAAACACUGUAGAUGCCAAAUGCCAUUUUCUUUUAUUCGUGAGGUUUGUUUGGUUCUGCUUUGGAUAUGCACACUAACUAUUUGUUAAAAUGUCGAACCAUCUUCCUUUCUCUCUCACUCUCUAUCUGUCUUUGAUUCUGGCACAUAGUUAUGCUGGCUCAUAUUGACCACAACUCAAAAGCAUUUAUCAGAGAAAGAGCUCAAAGUCCCACAUUUAUAAAAGACCUCUGGGUUCAUAACCGGGUAAAAAAAUUACUAUCUUUUACACAACUUUUUCCUUUUGAAUGUAGAUAAUACGUAUUACCUCUUGGACAUUUGUAAUUGUGGAUACAAAUAACAAUGCCUCGCAUAUGAGUAGAACUGAUGCAAAAGUCACUCAUUUUUCCAAGAAAAGUAACACUUCUUUAAUUUGGCCUCAUUCCUUAAUAGCUUCUACAUAAAUGAGAAAAAUGGCUUUAGCUCAUAUCAAACCACAAGACAAUUGAUGAUAGUUUCCGUUAACCUUCUUUCUCUCCUAUAAUUUGAAGUCUUCCCCCUAGAUAAUUAUCUUCUCUUUUAGUGCAUUUCAAUAUCUCUUGCAUUUUAAUUCCCAACGUCUCGAUUAGAUACCCUUGAUCAAAGAGGAGAAAACUCCAAAAUAGAAAAUAUGCACACUAAGCAUGCAUUGCUUGAAUAUGGACCGUUACACUUUUUAAUUAUUUUUGGUUGUGUCUUGACUUGUUCUAUGUUGUCUUCUACUGGUAAAGCUUUGUUUAUUUGUUAUUUUGUAUAUGUUAUUUGUGGAUGCUCAUAUUGGAUUAUUUUUAAUGUAAAUCUAAAAAAUAUUCUAAUUAAGUAAAUUACUAGUCAAGAUAAAAUCAAUCAAAUAUGUUGUACCAUACCACUACCACCCUCACAAAUACGGGUUGGCGGGUUGGGGUUGAAUCUGGAAACGUGCCAAUUUGCCAAUUGCAUUUGGAUCUAUAAAAUCGAAUGCGACCUGUUUGCAGGAACAUCUAGUGAGCUCUCUGAUUAUAUUUUUUCACAAAAAAAAAAAAAAAAAAAAAAAACUCAUAAAUCAUUCACAACCUUUAGCUGAGAAAACUCGCUGUAUAGAAUUGUGUUUAGUUGCCAAGAAAGCCCUGGAAAAUGGAAGAAAGAUACCGAGAGAAUAGCAUGAUGAAGUUUGCCUCUUCGGAGGAACGCAUGGGCUUCUGGAAAGUAUUCCCUUUCGUCCAUAUUUGCACAAACUAAUCCUUGAUCUUGGCCGGCAAAAAUUGAGUCACUCAGUAACCAAUUUUCUCAAGCCACAUGUUGCAAAUGUGGGUGAAGCGUUGCGGUCUGUUCUCACUGACCAUGCUAUCACAUACGACACAUAUAGUGUAUGCCAUCUUCUCAAAAUCUGUUUAUCUUAAGAGGACUCUCUAUAUCUCAAGUCCAAAAAUUCAUUCCUAGAAAAUGGAAACAAGGUAUAAAACAAUGUGAUAAGCCAUCCAUGACAUGCUCAUCCAAUGAUUCUGUCCUCGAAACAAACACAAGCAGUGAUGAAUCUAUGAUUAAUUCCCUUUUUGCGUGUAUCAAGGACUUUGCAAACCAAGGUCAUUUGUCAAAAGCAUUCAAAACCUUCUCUCUCAUCCAACUACAUGCCUCUUCUUUGGCGUCUUAUGACCUUAUCUUACAUCCACUUUCUUCUCUUCUUCUGUGUUGCACCAACCUUAAAUCAUUCCCACAAGGUAAACAGCUUCAUGCCCAGAUUAUCUCCUUGGGUCUUGAACAACACCCGGUUUUGGUGCCCAAACUUGUCACUUUUUACUCAAGCUUUAACCUCCUAGUUGAGGCCUCAAUUAUUACUCAAAAUUCAGGAAUUUUCCACCCUUUGCCUUGGAAUCUGCUUAUCUCUUCUUAUGUUAGAAAUGAACUUUUUGGGGAGGCUCUCUCUGCCUUUAAACAUAUGGUGGACAGGGGGAUCAGACCGGAUAAUUUUACUUAUCCAUCUGUUCUCAAGGCUUGUGGUGAAAAAUUGGAUUUGGGUUUUGGAAGGGAGGUUCAUAACAUUAUUAAUUCUAACUCUGUUGAGUGGAACUUAUUUGUACACAACGCCUUGGUCUCCAUGUAUGGAAGGUUUGGGGAAAUUGAUGUUGCUCGUAGCUUGUUUGACAAAAUGCCAGAAAGGGAUGAAGUUUCUUGGAACACUAUGAUCUCUGCUUAUGCCUCUAGGGGAAUGUGGGGGAAAGCAUUUGAGCUUUUUGAAAAUAUGAGAACGACGGGCAUUGAAGUUAAUAUCAUAAUUUGGAAUACAAUAGCUAGUGGUUGCUUGCGGACGGGCAAUUUUAAGGGAGCGCUUGACUUGCUUUCUCAGAUGAGAGCUUUUGGCAUUCAUUUGGAUUCUGUGGCUAUAAUUAUUGGUUUGGGUGCAUGUUCCCAUAUCGGGGUCAUUAAAUUGGGAAAAGAAAUGCAUGGUUCUGCUAUUCGUAGCUGUAGUGAUGGGUUUGAUAAUGUAAAGAAUGCAUUAAUUACUAUGUAUUCUAGAUGCAAAGACCUUAGGCAUGCCUAUAUUCUGUUUAGAUUGAUAGAAAAUAAGAGUUUAAUUACUUGGAACUCGAUGCUUUCUGGCUAUAGCCACAUGGAUCAAUCCGAGGAAGCAUCGUUCCUUUUCAGAGAGAUGUUGCUUUCCAGAAUUGAACCAAACUAUGUGACAAUUGCAAGCAUUCUUCCCCUAUGUGCUCGAGUAGCAAAUCUGCAACAUGGGAAGGAGUUCCACUGCUACAUUACCAAGCGUGAAGAGUUUAAGGGCUAUUUGUUAUUGUGGAAUGCUCUUGUAGACAUGUAUGCAAGAUCUGGCAAAGUUAUAGAAGCUAAAAGAGUCUUCGAUGCAUUGAGUGAAAGGGAUGAGGUGACUUAUACUUCCUUGAUUGCUGGAUAUGGAAUGCAGGGAGAGGGACACGCUGCACUAAAAGUAUUUGAAGAGAUGAAAGGUUCCGGGACCAAACCAGACCAUAUAACCAUGGUUGCAAUUCUAUCAGCUUGUAGUCAUUCCGGUCUUGUAGUACAAGGCCAAAGGAUUUUUGAAAAGAUGCCAACUGUGUACGGCAUAAACCCUCGUUUGGAGCAUUAUGCAUGCAUGGUUGACCUCUUUGGCAGGGCUGGUUUGUUGAACAAAGCAAAAGAGAUUAUUACCACAAUGCCUUACAGGCCAACCCCCGCCAUGUGGGCUACUCUAUUAGGUGCCUGUCGGAUUCAUGGAAAUACUGAUAUAGGGGAGUGGGCAGCUCAGAAACUGUUAGAAAUGAGGCCUAAGAACUCAGGUUACUAUGUCUUGAUUGCUAAUAUGUAUGCUGCUUCUGGUUGUUGGAACAACCUAGCAAAGGUUAGGACUUCCAUGAGGGACUUGGGUGUGAAGAAGGCCCCGGCCCGUGCUUGGGUCGAUGUGGGCAUGGGGUUUUCUCCCUUUGGGGUGGGGGACACAUCAAACCCCUAUGCACAAGAGAUUUACACUUUGUUGGAUGGAUUGACCGAGCUAAUGAAAGAUGCUGGUUAUGUUGCCAGUGAGGAUUUUGGUUCAGAAGACGAAAUCAUUGAGUAAGAUCAACAAUGGAAUUUGUACUAAACAAAGCACUGCUAACAUAUCAACAAUGAGAUUUAUUACUUUUUCUGUUCAAAUUUUGAAGCAGAUUUGAGUUCAUUAGUUCAGAAGGCAGAAGCUUGUAAUUUUAUUGCAUUCUUGCUUGUAUUGCCUUGUUUAUUUGUCUCUUUACCUUCAUGAGAGAGGAAUACUGAUACUACAGUCAUAAUACAAUAAAAUUGAAUAUGAAAAAUUCACAUUUCAA